AUGACCAGCAUAUCUUACUUAUACAGCUCCCAAGAGUUGAUUAACUACUUUAAAGAGACCAUUGAGAAUAUUCAGACCAUAGUUGUCCAAAUGGAAGGAGAAGGCCAUAAAGACAUCACCACAAGCAACCGCUGGGGCAUCGAUCUGGCCAAUGCAAAUCGAAUCGAACAGAUCCAAGCGCAAAUCGCAAGUUAUUGCUCCAAAAAGAAAGGUCCGACUGGGAAGAGGUAA